UGCCGAGUUGUGCUCUCGUACUUCUGAAUUGCGACGACUGCGACGCGUGCAUUUCAAGUUAUAUGAAAUCAAAUUGUGUAAAGUUUGGGGUGAUUUAUGGGUAGAAUGAGUGCGAAGGCUGUGGCCAGAGGGAGGUGAAGAUACGUGAUUGAAAGAUUUGAUCGAUACGAGAGCGUGGACGGGCAAAAAUAAUAUAAUUCAGAAGAAACAUGAAACCGCAAUCAAUGGUCUGUCUGCUCCUACUCGAAAGGUGACGACAUACAAAAGUUGAGUGUAAUACAUACGCUGCCGACGCUCCUGGCUGGAGACGCACAGUUAUGCGUGUCACGAUUGAUUCCCAAGAUGCAGCAGACUCUGUCGAAUGCUUCCUCAGAAUUCCACAUGGCUGCCUCGUCGACUUUCAAAACAAUUCUAGAACAGAAAUUGGUCAAUCCUUCGACCUUUACUCAAACAUUUCUGCAGAGCAUUUUAAAUUCACUGGACAGCAGGGAUCCGGUGGUCGCUCAUGCGUGGUUGGAAACCUUGUUAGAUGUCAUCGAAUUACUACCUACAGAAGUCAUACGGCACGAGAUCCUUCCUAUGGCUAUAUCGAAAGGACAGUUAUCUCAGCCAAUUAGCUCUAGAAUAACAUGCUGCAAAUUACUAGGAAAAAUUUGUACCCGUUUUGACACACUUUUAAUAAAAAAGGAGGUCCUGCCAACGGUGCAUUCUCUCUGUCAAGAUGUGAACAGUGAUGUGCGAGCUUGUAUCUGCUUGCAGCUGAGCUUUGUUGCUCAGGGUCUUGGUGUUGAAUCUGUAAAGCCUGCGCUACUUCCAUCACUAGUUGAACUUGCCAGCGAUGAGGAAAGUACUGUGAGGCACGCUUCUGUCCAGACCAUUGUACAUUUAUUACCUCAUUUUCAACAAGAAACAAUAAAGGGAAUCAUAGCACCCCUUAUAAAAAAACUAUGUGAAAGUGCACUGAAGUCUGACGAUAAUGUGAUCUGUGUAAUUGCCCAAGAAUUUGGCAGGCUUGCUCUUGGCCUUGAGCGGUCCCUAACAGUCAAUGAGAAAACUUGGUUGAUAAGAUAUUUUCAACAACUUUCCCAGCUAGGCAUUCCAUCUAUGAAUAAAGAUAUAAAACAAGAAUUUUCAUUUGCCAAUAAAGCAGCUAACAGCCCUCAGACCAAUGAAAGGUAUGUGGAAUGCCGUCGUCAGUGUGCAUUCAACUUUCCAGCCAUAUGCCUUUUCACACUAAACACCUUCGAAAAAUUGGAUAUAAUAUUACCGACGUUUACUGAUUUGACUUCUGAUCCAUAUUACAUGGUCCGGAGAACAAUCGCUUGUGGAAUUCAUGAGGUCGGCAAAGUUCUGGGCUCGCAAAAUGGAUUGAUAAAAAAUGAGCUUAUUAGAUUGCUGAAGGAUGACUCUGAAGAAGUUUUGCAAGGACUGGUGCCACAUUUGGCUCAAACUUUUGAUCUUUUGACUCAGAGUCAAACAAUUGGGACUGAUCAGACGGAAGGAGUUGUUUUGGAUGUGUGUAGAGCAAUUUUAAAAUGUGAAGUCGAAAUUGCCAAUACUUACAACUGGAGACUUUCGGCUUUGAUAUUAAAUCAGCUUGAGAUUUUACCACGAUGUAUUCCAAGUGAUUUAAUUAAUUCGCAUUUCACUCCGAUGGUGUUCAAUAGAGCAUUAAACGCGAGACCAUUGCCAGUGCGUUUAGCUGCCGGCAGAUUAUUGCUGAUAUUCUUGCGAUAUAAUCUAAAACCAAUGCAACGAAAUGAGCUUCGGAAUAGAAUUUAUACAGAAUUUGCACAUAGUAAUAAUUGCUAUACCAGAAUGUUGUAUAUACGGAUGAUGCAGGAAGCGAUGAUCAUCUUCUCCACAACCUACUUCAAAGAAAAUUUCUAUACCACACUAUUGAGCAUUACUGAAGAUCCAGUUGCAAAUAUUAGAAUGAAAGUGGUUUCAAUGCUACCUCAGCUUAAAGCUAUGUUACGAAUGUCAAAUGACAAAAGAUUGUUGACAAUGCUAGAAGGCAACGUGCGGGCGUUGAUGAGCCUUGAAAAAGAUCGGGACGUUGUAUAUACAUUGACUAAUGUCAUUCACAAAUUGGACAGUAUUGAUGUUAAACAAGAUGGACAACACGUAAAGCCUGUAGGCAAAUUAACUCGUCAAGAAAUCGAUGAUGCGAGGAAGCUAGAGGAAGAAAAGAAGCUAACAGCGAUGGCUUCCUCUAAGCCGGCUGCGACAACUGCAACAGUAAAUCAACCUACCACAACCCAGCGGAAGCCAAAUGCAUCCAGUCUGCCUAAACAAAUAUCUCCAACUACUCCAAAGUCAAGUACAGAGGGAUCCAUUGGGGCAAAUAGACAAAGACAAGGGAGUCUGUCAUUGGUUGAUAACCCAUAUAAACAGUCCUCCCAGUAUUCAAGAAUCAAACAACCUAGUUCAUCUGAGCCACCGAGCAAACAACCAUCUCCUAAACGCGAUGGAGGCAUGGCUCCAAUUUCCAACAAGACAAUGCCAGAUGUAAAAACAAGUACUUCUAGCAACAAUCUCACUUCGAGCUGGGCUCGGCUUACCUCUAACAGCAUGCUACUAACUCACCCUUGGGAAACUAUCAACCACACAAGCUGUAAUGCUAGUGUAAGCUCGGUUAAUUUUAAUUAUAACUUUUGCGGUGAUAAUCAUAGUACCGAUUUUAAAACAGCAUGCGGUUGCUCCGAGUCAGCGGAAGAUAUUUCCCGAAGUAGAUACUCGUUAAUAAAUUCAGGCGAGCAGGAACAUAAACCAAUUAUGCGUUGCUGUUCUUGCUUUGACACUAAUACAGAGUAUUUGAAAUUAAACGUACCUCUACAUCACAAGCAUCAUGGGCACCCCACAUCAGAGUUUGCAAAGUCCUUCGUACUAACGCAUCUAAAAGAAAAUAAAAAUGAGUUGCAAGAUUUUCUACUAACAAAGGGACAUCAAGAGGUGGUUAAAGAUAAGGAACCAGAUUUUGCCGCAUUGCGGGCCCUAACAAACGCAGCUCACUAUAAUUCUUGUUGGGCUUUUAGCUCAAUGCCUGAAAUUCCAGUCACUCUUCUUGAUGACGAGUUUCUUGUUGACGCCGGGAUUCGUAUUCCAGCACAGUUAUCGUCAAGCCAAAGUACAUCAAAAAUACCCAACUUACAGGACAUUAUUUAUCGCAACAGAAGAGAGGGAAGUAUUGAUAGAUCGCAUCGUAAUAGUGUUAAUUUUGACAAGGGCAAAUCUAAAAGGCAAUCUGCUGAAUAUGAAGAUUGUGUUAAAUCGAGAGUACUAAUCAGUGAUCCAACAAAAAUGAAACGUAAUUUCGACGAUUUUGAAGAAGAUUACAGUCUUGGGAAAAUUCCGGGUAAAUCGGAUGAACAAAUUCCAAAAGAGGAUUUGAAGAACAAAAGAUAUUCGGGUUCAUAUGCGAAAACUAGAUUUGGUUACGAGCCUAACCAGGGCAAAUCUAGUGAUGAAAAACCAAAAAGAAAUUCACUGUAUGCGGACAAGGAUAAGUCAAAGCUUUUGCAAUCUAAAAGCACGAUUGAUAAGAACAAACGCUAUUCCGCUAAUUAUACCUCUCGAUUAUCGGAUGUUAAGGAUGUUAAACAUAAAUUUAAACGCCACAGCUUAGAAGUAACUGAAUAUACUCCAAUGCCACGUGCUGAUCGCGCCAUACGAAGGUAUUCGGCACUGGAUGUAAAUCAUAAUCAAGGAAUAAGUAAAAUUCCCUUGAGAAGUAGUAUUGUUUCAGGUAGCAGAACCGCACCAGCAACUAGAGCUUCUAGUCCUGUAAGAUUAUGUACCAAAUCAUAUUUUAACAAAUCAAGUGGCAGUGAGGUUCAGACUUCUACAAGAAAUAAAUUUUUUACUAGAUUUAGCUCAAGUGACGAGGAAGUAGAUAAACUUUGUCAUAAAUUCAGUACUUGUCAAACUGCUACCAGUAAUAGGGCAGAAAGCCCCAGAACAAGGGAUAGCAGAUUGCCCGUGCGUCUUCAGAGAAAGAAAAUCUGAAAUAUAUGUGUCUGUUAUCAAUUAGUUUCCAUAGAAAUUAAAGUGUUCUGUUAAUUAUAUUUAUUUGUUAUAUUCUAGUUUUACCAUGAGUAUUUUGCAAAGUAUAAUACUUCUAGUGAAUAUAAUAUAAUAAUACGUGAAAUAGCAGUAUUUUCGAUUACUUUUGGUAUCGAUCUCUGAUUACAGAAACUUGUUUCAAAUAUGUUAUACCAAUUUAUCCUCGUUUGUAAUUUAACUUCUUCAUCAUGCACACUUUAUCUGUAAUCUGUAUCUUACUGUAGUGACACUUGAAAUCUACAACAUUUCGAAGCGACAUUGCGACACGAGCAUAAACCUUUUACAGUGUUUUUGCUAGUUCAUUAUUGUCUGUCGUUGAUAGAUGAGGAACAAGGCUUUUGAUAAUUCAGUUUGUUGAAUCUCUGCCUGAAGAAGUAGUAAAUAUGAAUCAUGUUGCAAGUUAAACGAAUUUGAAGUUUAGAUACUUUUGAAAAGAAAUUUUAAUACUCGCAUCUAAUUUUUAAAUUCAAGCCAGUAAUUGAAACCUGUAUUUUAUGAUCGAAAACAAUACUGAUAUUCAAUUUAUUACAAUUUAUUAAUCAUUCGUUAUCGUAAUAGAUUGUUUAGGUCGCGAUAGUUAUAAAAUAGGACCUGAGUGUUGAACUUGUUAAUACUGAUUUUAGUUUAUUUAACAUGAUAAGUUCAUUUAUCGUAUUUAUAUUUAUAUUAUUUCUAUGAACCUCAAGCAUUAAAAUACCUGCUCUUAUAUAUUAUGCCUAUAAAAUCUCACGUAUUUAUUGUACACAUAUUUUGGAAAUAUUGCCUUCGAUUUCCUCAGUUGAAAAAUACUUGUUGUAAAACGCAACAAUACUGUACCAGGGUACAUAAAAAGAUUCUCACCGAUUCAGUACUAUUCAUACAAAAAAGUGCGGAACUGAAAUGUAUAACUGUUCUAUAUUUCUAUGUAAUUAGUUAAAAAAAAAAAAAACUAGUCAGAUAUGAUCUGUUUGUGAAGGAUAGAUUAAUAAAUAUUACAAAUUUUAAUGAUAAACCAUAUAUAUUUCUGCAGCCCUAAACAACCGGCCGCAUCUACCAAGAAGUGAUGAAAAUUUCUUAAUAACAAGAGAAGGCUUGUGUACUUACGAAUGUAAAGGUUUGAUGUGCAUAACUAAUGAUCUUUAUUGAAUCUGGAAUGAAAACCUAUAAUUGGAGCUUUAUUUACGCCAAACAACAUUACAUGAGUUACGUAAAUCGAAAAUUACGAAGCUUCACUUUUGAGUCAUUAUUGGACGUUGUUUUUUUAAGGCUGAUGCAAAUGGAUUUGCCAUGUGAGAAGGAAAGCAAAUCGUCCAACAUCCACUGAAAAUUAAGUCCAGUUUUUUAACACUAGUGAAUCCAUGUAAUAUUUUCAUAGGCUGCUGAAUGUAAAUUGCAAAUAAUUCUAAACUAUGUAUCUUCGAAUAGACUGUAUUAUUUAUUUGAAGCAUGUUAACAUUAUGUAUGAAAAUAGCAGCUUCUCGAGAAGAUCAAUGUACCUCGGUGCGAAAGUGGCUUUCAGAGCUGAAACAAUUACUAGGUUUUUAAUCGGAUUUGCGUUCACGAAUCGAUACUAUGACUUUUAUUUUUUAUAAAAAUAUUCAAUGGCUGACUUGGUAAUUGGCAUGUUGGAUUGUUGAACGCCAAUGCAUCGAGGUAUGUUUGACCUGCUCAUAUUCUUGAUAGAAUGUCUUACAUUGAUUGAUGCAAUCAUGAUGAAUAAGAGUUUAUCCAAUUGAAAUGUUUUAUAUUCGUUUGGUAUAUCGUGUGACUUUAUUACAUCACUGUAAUGCUGAAAACUUGGUAAAGUUUUUCAAACUAUUAUGUAAUAUAUAUACGGAUAUUUUCAGAUUGUUUACGUAUCGAACGCAGCGGCACAUUUAUUGAAAAGUUAUGCAUACUGAUUGCAACUCUACCAAAUUUUCAGUAAAUAUACCAAGUUUAGACCAUACGAAAUGAUUAUAGUUUCACCAAUCAUGCUUAAAUAACGCUACUUAUUUUUGUAUAGAUCUACAAGAAUGCUAUCAACUGUUGUGCCGGUGAAACGAGAAAUAGGCAUGUGUAUAUCAAUAGAGAUAUUAUAUAUAAUUCAAUGA